AGGUCGCCAGUGCUUCCGGGUCGCGGUCAUUUUGAUCCCGUAUUUGGGUGACUUCUUGGAGGCCAAGUUGCUGUCUGCUCCCCACCCCCCAACUCUGCUGCCGUGCAGCCCCGCGCGCCUUCCCCUCUCUUGGCCUUUCCAGGCCUUCUGCCCCCGAUCGCCCGGACUCGCCGCGCCGUCGCUCGCCGCUGUCGUCAGGAGGAAAGAUGAAUGGGAGGGCUGAUUUUCGAGAGCCGAAUGCAGAAGUUCCAAGACCAAUUCCCCACAUAGGGGCUGAUUACAUUCCAACCGAGGAAGAAAGAAGAGUCUUCGCAGAGUGCAAUGAUGAAAGCUUCUGGUUCAGAUCUGUGCCUUUGGCUGCAACAAGUAUGUUGAUUACUCAAGGAUUAAUUAGUAAAGGAAUCCUUUCAAGUCACCCCAGAUAUGGGUCCAUCCCUAAACUUCUAUUUGCUUGUAUCAUGGGAUAUUUUGCUGGAAAGCUUUCUUACGUGAAAACUUGCCAAGAGAAGUUCAAGAAUCUUGAGAAUUCCCCUCUUGGAGAAGCUUUACGCUCAGGACAAGCACGGCGAUCUUCACCAUCUGGGCACUAUUCUCAGAAGUCAAAAUAUGACUCAAAUGUGAGUGGUCAUUCAUCUUUUGUGACAUCUCCAGCAGCAGACAACAUAGAAAAAGACAUGCUUCCUCAUUAUGAGCCAAUUCCAUUCAGUGCUUCUAUGAAUGAAUCUACUCCCACUGGUAUUACUGAUCAUAUUGCCCAAGGACCUGAUCCCAACCCUGAAGAAAGUCCUAAAAGAAAAAAUAUUACAUAUGAGGAAUUAAGGAAUAAGAACAGAGAGUCAUAUGAAGUAACUUUAACACAUAAGACUGACCCCUCAGUCAGGCCUAUGCAGGAAAGAAUGCCAAAAAAAGAAGUCAAAGUAAACAAAUAUGGAGAUACUUGGGAUGAGUGAAAAAUUGCAUCAUUGGACCUACUGAAGGAGUUUUCAAUAUCCAGCCUCAUCUAGGUGGUCAUGAGUAUCUGCAUGCUUUGAGCUCAGCAGCAGUCUUCAUAAACACAUUUAAAACUAGAACCUGGGUUCUUGUGGUUUGGCUUAUUAAAAUGAUGUUUAAAACACAGAUUUUAAUGUGAAUGUUGUAUGGCUGUAUUCACCUUGAGGAACUAUAUGAAUGAUGGUGUCAUACCGUGGUCACAUGCAGUUUGUGAAAUUGUUUUAAGUGACAGGAUAAGGAUACUCUUCUAAAACCUUUUGUAAAGAGUCUGUAAUUCUCUAGGAUCAGCAUAUAUGAAAAUAAAUGAUAGCUGCAUGUUGAUUUGGGGUGGGUGGCGGGGGGGAGCAAGCAUAAUUUUAAGUGUUAAGCUUUACAUCCAAAAAAUUAUUAAAAAGCCUUUCUCCAGUGUUUGCUGUAUUUACUUAUUAAUGUGUAUGGUAAAUAAAAUAUAAAGGAACAUGCAUCUUCAUUGA